AUGGAGCGUCUUUUCCGUGUUCCCUGUGGCUAUGGGACCACAGACCCUUUGACCUACCCUGGCCCCUGGAGACAUGGUCAACAGCAAAACUGGCCACAAACUAUGGGCGCUCCCAUUUUCCUAGCCAGGCCUAGGGUACCAGCAAAUGUCUCGCAGUCCUGUAUGGACCCUUACAACAGGGCUCAGCUUCAGGCCNUUUCCACUNAGAUGAACCCCAACCUGNGUCUAUGGCUACGCAAGGUCCACACCAAGGAGGUGGGCGUACAGGUGAGCCUUCGAGUGGACAAGUCAGUGCAGUGUUCACUGGGGUCACAGACCCUACACAGCAGCUCCCUCACGGACAGAACCAGCUCUAGGAAACCCACCGAAGCUUGGCAAGUAGGGCGGAAAGUCUUGAUCCGGCCACCCCAGGAUGGGGAAGACGAGGAAAGCCAGGAGCUCACAGGACCUACAGAGGCCAAUCAGCUGUUGCUACCUACAUGGAGAUGGGAUAGUGAGGAGCAGUUCCCAAGGCUGAAGGAAUUGGGGGAGGAAUAUGCCCCCAGCCCUCAGGACAGGAAGGGCAAGCAGUUUUUGGAACUAAAAUACGGCUAUUUUCACUGUAAAGAUUGUAAGAGGAGAUGGGAGAGUGCUUAUGUGUGGUGCAUCUCAGGUACCAACAAGGUUUAUUUCAAACAGCUCUGUAACAAGUGCCAAAAGAGUUUUAACCCUUACCGAGUAGAAGCAAUCCAGUGUCAGACCUGCUUAAGAUUCUGCUGUUCCUGUUCUCCAAAGAAAAGACACAUUGAUGUCCGGAGGCCACACCGCCAGGAGCUCUGUGGCCACUGCAGAGACAAAAAAUUCUCCUGUAGUGUCUUCUUCAGCUUAAAAUAUGUGGGGUGCCUAGGUCCAGCCCCUGAAUGCUCUUUGGUUGAUGGUUCAUUCUCUGUGAGCACCCAUUGGCCCAGGUACUUUCACCACCAAACUGAAAACUUGCUUAUCAGUUUAACCAAUGUAGCUGUGUUAAGAGGAAGGUUUCUACAGGCAGGAUGUCGGAUCCACAAUGGAUACAUUGGGGGUAGGAACACAGAAGACCAUGCCAGUGAGCUUCCAGUUCAGCUCUGGGUUGACCUUGCCCACAGCCUUGGCAGCACCAUUGGACGCACGGAUGAUAUUUCAGGCAGCCCCAGGACUGCCAUACCACAGCUUUUAAGAGGGGUCAUUCACAGUCUUUUGAGUGACAGUAAUGGCAUGGACCGUGGUCAUGAGCUCUUCCAAAGUUGUCAGGGGUGA